GUUCCUAGGGUCUUAUUUUGUAUAGGUUAGGAUAUUUUAUUUGGGUAAUCAUUUUAAACUUACCGAAAUAAAAAUUGGGUAUCGAUUCCGUUAGCCUACACUUUCGUAGGGUUUUUGAUCGUUGCAUCCCUCCUUCAUCCACCGCUUCCUCUUGGCUCCUGCUUCCUGGUAACCGAUACGUCCAUUCCCUCUCUUCUUUCUUCCAUAAUAACCCUUAUGCAUGCUUAUCAAUGCUUUUAGCUCUCUUUUGCAUUUUCACUUUACUAGAUAUUAAACUUGGUUAAUCAGAUCAAAGAUUUCUGUUCUUUCUGAUAUGGCACAUAGAGUUCGCUUCGAGAAUUCUUGCGAAGUUGGUGCCUUCUCAAAACUUACCAAUGCAUAUUGUUUGGUUGCCAUUGGAGGCUCGGAAAGUUUCUACAGUACAUUUGAGGCUGAGUUAUCGGAUGUUAUCCCUGUGAUCAAAACUUCCAUUGGUGGAACUCGUAUUGUUGGCCGUCUUUGUAUUGGAAACAAGAAUGGACUUCUAUUGCCUCAUACCACCACAGACCAAGAACUUCAACAUUUGAAAAACAGUCUACCUGAUCAUGUUCGUGUUCAGCGUAUAGAAGAAAAAUUAUCUGCCCUGGGAAAUUGUAUAGCAUGUAAUGACCAUGUGGCCCUCACGCACACUGAUCUCGACAGGGAAACUGAGGAGGUCCUUGCAGAUGUUCUUGGAGUAGAAGUUUUUAGGCAGACAGUUGCCGGCAAUGUUCUUGUGGGAAGUUACUGUGCUUUCUCCAACAAAGGUGGUUUGGUCCACCCGCAUACUUCGAUUGAAGACUUGGAUGAACUUUCUACGCUUCUUCAAGUUCCGUUGGUUGCUGGAACUGUUAAUCGCGGUAGUGAAGUAAUAGGUGCUGGCAUGACAGUAAAUGAUUGGACAGCAUUUUGUGGUUUAGACACCACGGCGACAGAACUCUCAGUGAUUGAGAGUGUUUUCAAACUGAGGGGGGGAGGCAAUCCUCCUAGUUGCGAUGAGGAUGAUAAUUGAGUUUAGAUAAAAGUAUUCAAUUUUUCAUGCCAAGUUUUAUUGCUUGUUGUAAAGUUCUUUUUUAAUUUUGAUGAUAGUUUCUUUUUCCUGAUUUACCGUUGUUGUCUUUCCAAAUAUAAGCACGAGGAAUAGAUGUAACAAGAUUUUUUGGCCAAUAUUUUUUACAUUAAAUUUGUGAAUACAUUCUCUUUUUUAUCCCUGUUC